UCAUUGUCUAUAUAAAAGGUGGUAGUAAAAUAAAAAGCUGACGUGUGAACCAGCAUAAACGCAUUUAAUUAAGAAUUAAAUCAAUUAAAAUGAAAACAAAGUUUAUACUGCUUUUCUUGGCGCUUGUGCCCAUUGUAUUAUCGAAGAAGUUUAAGGAUGGGGAAAAACCAGAAUGGGCAAAAAAGGACAUUCGCGACUACAGCGAAGCGGAUUUGGAGAGACUGCUGGAUCAGUGGGAGGAAGAUGAAGAGCCGCUAGAAGCCGAUGAGUUGCCCGAGCACUUAAGACCUCAGCCAAAGCUAGACUUUUCUAAUUUGGAAAGCAAAAAUCCCGAAGAUUUACUGAAGGUGUCCAAAAAGGGUCGCACACUGAUGACAUUUGUGUCAGUCAAUGGAAACCCCACCCGCGAUGAAGCCGAUGAGAUCACCAAGCUAUGGCAGACGAGCCUAUGGAAUAAUCAUAUUCAAGCCGAACGCUAUAUGGUCGACGAUAAUCGCGCAAUAUUCCUAUUCAAGGAUGGAGCGCAAGCUUGGGAGGCAAAAGACUUUUUGGUGGAUCAAGAGCGUUGCAAAGGUGUCACCAUCGAAAAUAAGGAAUAUCCCGGCAAACAUGUAAAGGACGAACUGUGAAUAUAGUAUUUGUGACUUAUCUAAGUACUCCGAACUCUAUACAUUCUCAUGUAAAAAACAGUAAUUUUAAGCGCACAAUGAACAAACUGAAAUAAACAAACAGAAAAUUGGAAAUGUA